UCAACUCGCUGCUGUCACAUCAGGAGCUGCCGUGAGGACUUUCUAAUAUGUGAUGACCGCGCACAGCCAACAGGCAACUUUUCUGUAGCUCAUCCUGAGUUACAGCACCGAUCCCUUUCUGUAUUAUCUCACAUUUGAUAAUUUAUUAGACGCGAUGCUCGGGCCGGCCGGCCUGCUCCUGUUCCUCCUCUCCCUCCUGUCCUGCUGCUCUCCUGCUCAGGGAUAUUUCGCGGAGGAGCGCUGGAGCCCCGAGUCUCCUCUCCUCGCUCCUCGGAUCCUGAUCGCCCUGAUUUGUAGAAACUCCGAGCACUCCUUGCCGUAUUUCCUGGGUACCAUCGAGCGCCUCAACUACCCCAAAGACCGCAUGGCUCUGUGGGUAGCAACUGAUCACAAUGAGGACAACACUACAGAUGUUCUGCGGGACUGGCUUGUGAAGGUGCAAAACCUUUACCAUUACGUGGAGUGGCGACCAAAAGAGGAACCCAGACGUUAUGCAGAUGCGGAUGGUCCGAAGCAGUGGACAGAUCUCCGCUAUGAGCAUGUUAUGAAGCUUCGGCAAGUAGCGCUGGAGUCUGCUCGAGAAAUGUGGGCAGACUACUUUAUGCUGGUGGACUGUGAUAACCUCCUCACCAACCCCGAUGUGCUCUGGAAGCUCAUGAAAGAGAACAAGACUAUUAUUGCUCCGAUGCUUGAAUCCCGUGCGGCCUAUUCAAACUUCUGGUGUGGAAUGACCUCCCAGGGCUACUAUAAGCGGACUCCUGCUUACAUACCUAUUAGAAAGCAGAUACGGAAGGGCUGUUUUGCUGUUCCCAUGGUCCACUCCACAUUCCUGAUAGACCUCAGGAAAGAGGCAUCCAGACAGCUGGCCUUUCACCCGCCACACCCAGAAUACAGCUGGGCAUUUGAUGACAUCAUUGUGUUUGCAUAUUCUGCUCGGAUGGCAGAUGUUCAGAUGUUUGUAUGCAACAGGGAGACCUAUGGUUACUUCCCUGUGCCAUUACGCUCACAUAGUACUUUGCAAGACGAAACUGACAGCUUCCUGCACUCCCUGUUAGAAGUUAACGUGCGAAAUGCCCCAGUGAUGCCUUCCAAACACAUACGUGUUCCUAGAAAACAACCUGACAAACUGGGCUUUGAUGAGGUGUUCAUGAUAAACCUGCAAAGGCGGACUGACCGCCGAGAUCGAAUGCUGCGGACGUUGUAUGAGCAGGAGAUUGCUUGUAAAGUCAUUGCAGCUGUAGAUGGAAAAGCGAUGAACGUUAGUGAGGUUCAUAGUAUGGGCAUCCAUAUGCUGCCUGGCUACAGUGACCCUUAUCACGGUCGACCGCUAACAAAGGGAGAGCUGGGAUGCUUUCUUUCUCACUACAACAUCUGGAAAGAGAUUGUGGAGCGACGCCUGCACACCUCUCUGGUGAUUGAGGACGACCUGCGCUUUGAGGUUUUCUUCAAACGUCGUUUGAUGAACUUGAUGAGUGAGGUGGAGAAAGAAGGACUGGAUUGGGACCUCAUUUAUAUUGGUCGGAAGAGAAUGCAAGUGGAUCACCCAGAGAAAGCAGUGCCAAAUAUACAUAACUUAGUGGAGGCAGACUAUUCAUAUUGGACACUAGGCUAUAUGAUGUCGUUACAGGGCGCUGAGAAACUUUUGAAAGCAGAACCGCUGAAGAAGAUUUUGCCAGUGGAUGAGUUUCUUCCUAUCAUGUACAAUAAACACCCUGUGUCUGAUUACAUGGAUCAGUUUGAAACCAGGGACCUGAAAGCAUUCUCUGCAGAGCCUCUUCUUGUGUAUCCAACACACUAUACAGGUGACAAGGGCUACAUCAGCGACACUGAGACCUCGACUGUGUGGGACAACGACAAGGUCCGCACUGACUGGGACAGAGCGCGCUCAGGAAAAACUCGAGAGCAAGCUGAGAUCAGCAGCGAAGCCCAGAACUCAGACGUGCUGCAGUCCCCUCUGGACAGUACAGCACGGGACGAGCUAUGAGAAGGACUGAACCAGAGCCUCGGAAAAAUGUAAAGGUGCAUGGGACAAACCACGUCAGUUUUUCAAAUCAUGUUCGAUCUUUAGUUAUUUUGAUUUUGCAUUGCAGCAGGGAUGUGACGUCAAGGUUUCUAAAAAAGAUUUAAGUUAUCAGAUGUGACAAGGUGAAAAGGGAACAUGUGCAUCUUAUGUUUUCUUGGUAGUUUUUACUUAACAAAGGCACUAGACUUGCCAUUUGGGAUGGCAUUUGCGGUACCCAAACUCUGUCUGUCAUACAGAAAUGAACAUGCUUAUCAGCGAAGAAUGAAACUGGUGUUACAUUUCAGUACACUGUGAAAUACUUUUGAAUCAUUUCUCAUCAUUUCAUAGACAAAAUAUGGUUUAGCUACACUCCAUAUCACUGAGAAAAAUGGAAACAGUUGUCAUAUUAUUUGCUUUUAAUCUCAACGGUGCUGUGUUUUAAAUAAUCAUUAGCCAGACUUGUGGAUGCAUGUAGCAAAAUGUUAUCAAAGCAACAAAACACACAUGCAACAGUUGGUGCUAAAUCAGCAUCCUAGAUUUGCAGUAAUACUGAAGGCGUUUACUAAUUGUGCACUUUGUUGCUCCCGAGUCUCUUGUUGCCUCUUUGUGUGUCUCAUCAGACUAGUGUCACGGACUAGCUGUUGAUAUUGUUACAAGUGAGACAAACCACUGUCCACACCACAUACUCUCUGAUUUGAGAAGAAUAUGGUUAUAUGUUCCCUUUGAGUUCCCUCAGAAAGAACUCGACUGAACAAUUUCAAACACACUCUGGCCGUCAUCUUAAUCCUUCUCAGAUGAGUUAAGUCCGAAUUUGAGCAGUUUGAGCUUCAUGGAAGGUUCGCUACACAAGAUAGGGUGUAAAGUCUGGAUCAUUGUGCUUUCCACAGCUUAUUUAUUCUGCCAUGGUUUCCUCGUCACGUGGCCAGAUAUGUGAAGACGUUGGUUUCUGUAGAGUACCGAUACGAGACAUUCACCCACUGAUUGUGCACAGAAAUGUUAGCGGUGCGUUGUGCCAACGAAAAAUAAAAUGUUUAUUUUUAAA